ACACUGCAUUCGCAUUUAAGGCAACACAGGAUACAGACUCCACGACUCAUAUCGUAUGUUCAACCAGAGUCAGUGAGGAAACAGCAUGUCAGGGAAGGAAGCGCAGAAGCUGAUGGGAAAGCACACUUUGCUCCCACUAUUCAGAGCUUUCUUCUUAGUCCUGUAACUGGUCUGAGGUAGAUUUGAAUGUUUUCUUUUUUUAACUAUAGGCUAACAUUAGUUUAGGUAGAACAAGAAAGAAACAGGUUAAGGACUUAAAAGAGGAGUGGAAGUGAACAGAUUCAAGAUCUGCAGAGAGAGGGUAUAAAUCAGGAGGAAAUUCUUGAAAUUCUCCACGUCUGCUGUCGCGUCCAACUGCAGGAGCUUGGGGUGUCUGGGUUGCCAUACGUUUUUCCUGCAGGAUACGCAUCCAAGACAAUGAGUCUGUCACGGAAUGGGACGCUGGAGAAGACGGUGUCUGAUCACGGCCAUUCUGAAGCUCGCUCCUUUUCCAGAGCGGGGUCAGGGGUCGUGGUGCCGCCUCCUUACUCUCUGGGUGGCAGUGAAGCUGCAGACGGCCCCCUGGAGCUUAGGGGUUCUCUAGACUGCUGGGCCUGCUCUGUGCUGGUGACUGUACAGAAUCUCAUCAUCGCUCUCAUCAACGGCACACUGGCCAGUGUCAUCUUUGGCGUCAUCCUAACUCCUGCUCUGGCCAUGAUCAUAUUUGGCUUUCUCUGCCAUUCCACAGUGCAGCCCCAUGGAACAUCUUUGUACUGCUCAGACCUGCUGGACGACACCAGCUGUGUGGCUCUGCUGGUUGUUGGCUUUCUGCUGUUGACACCUCUGCUGGUGCUGGCGCUUGCCGCCUACUGCCGCCUGGCUCGGCACCUUCAGCUCGGCAUGUGCUUCAUCCCCUACAGCCGAGCCGUCUACAAGAACCUGCCCACCUCACGCCAGCGGGGGCCCAGUGCUGGAAGCUGCUGUGGCCAAAAUGAAGGGAAAGAAAGUGAUAGGAAGGGCAGCGUUUGGGUUUAGGGGAUGCAGAAAGAUCAGUGAUGUUAUUCUGAGAGAAAGCGUAAUUGAAAACCCCAAAUAUCUCAUCUUUUAUAUUGAUACUUUGUUAUUGUUGAGUGAGAGGUUUUUU